CCCUCUUUACUCCACCGGAGGGUUAGUCUGGGAGACGGAGACGGUUCUGCUCUCGCGGACGCAGAGACCAAACGGCGGAGGUUUUUGGACCGGAUUCACUUCAUUUCCUCCCGCAAACCGGGGCGGCUUCACUUUAACUGGAACUUGAGCAACGAGUUAUAGUUCCGGUGACGGAGGGGGGAGUCCGCGCGCGCGUGCACCGUGUCGGGACGGUAAACUUCACUUCCUUCCCCCUUCCAUUUUCUGACUUUUUAUCCUUCUCUCAUGACGGUGAAGCCCCUGAGCCCGGAGUCGGGGUGUGUGUGUGUGUGAGUGCGCGCGCCGGGCCGGACCGUGAUGGCGCAGCUCCUGUAACGGACUCUGCAGCGGCGCUUUCACACGCAAACCCCGAGAGCGACGCGGACACGCACUGAGGAGCGGCGGCGUCCUGCAGCCUGCUCGCGCGUCACUGUGUGUUUGUGCGCGUGAACUGGACCGUUAUGGAGGCUCGAUUCGGUUUCGGCGGAGUUUUGGAUUCUCUGUUCCGAGCGGGCCGCCCGCGUGCCGCGCGAGACACCGGAGCGGCGGGGGAAGUUGUUCCUCUGGCGGAGGUGUGGGAUGGAGAGUGGAGAGACGCGCGAGCGGCAGCAGGAGGAGGAACGGCGCGCUCCGUUAUCGCGGCACUCGCACGGGACGAAGGAGAGAGCUCGAGUUGCGCGGAGGCGCGCGCCGGUACCGCCACCACUCUGAGCGAGCUGCUGUGCCCGGACACCGGAUACAACACCAGCGACAACCACGGCGGCGGCGGCGGUCCGAGAGCACGUGGCAGCGCGCGCGACCUCACAGCCAGCCGUGCUGACACGAGCGCCGUCCCGAACUGCUGCUGCUGUUCCGGUGGCACCAGCACCACCACCACCACCAUCUCGGAGACGGCGCGCGAGCUGUGCAAAGCCGUUUCCGUGUCGCUGGGGCUGGCCCUGGACCCGCACGCGCACCACGACGGGACCAGGAACUCGGACUUUUUCGAAGUGCGCCGCAGGAGAGAGGAGGAGGAGGAGGAGGAGGAGCGGGUGCACGCGCGAAGCGACGACAGGAGCAGAAGGAGCAGCAUCAGCGCGAGCGCGUGUGGAGGAGGUGGCGCCGCAACGGGACGUGAGGGACGCGCGCUGCACGCGCUCGGCGACAACAACAGUCUGCUCCAGAUGUUCAGAAGCGGAGGUGAGGAGGACGCGAUUAUCGUGCCGAUGGCCAACGCUCGCGCGCAUCAACAGGCGGCAGCCAUCACGGAGAGCUCAGAGUUCGGACCGGGCGUCGCGAGCCUCAUAGGUUCCAAAAGCGCGAGCGCGGCGGCGGAUGGUGGCGGUGCUGCUGCAGCCGCGUCCUCUUUACCCUGUCAGUUCCAGCAGCAGCAGCCAGAAGAACGGCAGGAACAGAACGACCCGCAGGGGAACCUGGAGCUCGCGCCGCACGGCAGGUUCGGUGAUGAUUAUUAUUACUGCUGGCCGCGGUACAGCAGCGUGCGCGUGAAGUCCGAGUCCGUGCAGCCGCCGGUGAGCCGCUACAGUCACGGAGCCGCGCAGUUCGGGAAUCCCACGUGCACCGCCGCAGGACUGGACGCGCCGCUCAUCUGCAGCCCGUACGAGUACGACUACGGCGCGCGGACCGGACCGGGACCGGCUCUCGGCACCGCGCACGAGCCGUGGUACCACCAGAGCGGCGCCGUGUUACCCCGCGUGUCCUACCCCGGCGGCACGUGCAUGAAGAACGAAGUCGGGGAAUGGCUGGAUGCGAGCGCGGCGCAGGACAGCAGGUCAGACAGUGCAAGAGAGGUGUUCCCCAUGGAGUUCUUCUUCCCCCCACAGCGCACCUGUCUGAUCUGCUCUGAUGAAGCAUCUGGGUGCCAUUACGGAGCUCUAACCUGUGGCAGCUGCAAAGUGUUUUUCAAAAGAGCAGCAGAAGGGAAGCAGAAGUAUCUGUGUGCAAGCAGGAACGACUGCACCAUCGAUAAGCUGAGGAGGAAGAACUGUCCAUCCUGUCGUCUGAAGAAGUGCUUUGAGGCAGGAAUGACUCUUGGAGCUCGUAAACUGAAGAAGAUUGGUCAGCUGAAGGUUCCUGAAGAGGAGGGCGUGGCUUCAUCUGCACCAUCCAGUUCCAGUACAGUCGAGCUGAUCCAGAAUCCAUCACCCAGCGCGGGUCUGACGUUCCACUCGCAGCUCGUCUUCCUCAGCAUCCUGGAGUCCAUCGAACCUGAAGUAGUGAACGCCGGGCAUGACCACGCACAGCCCGACUCCGCCGCUGCCCUCCUGACCAGCCUCAACGAGCUCGGAGAGAGGCAACUCGUUAAGGUGGUCAAAUGGGCCAAAGGACUUCCAGGAUUCCGUAACCUGCACAUGGAUGAUCAGAUGACGAUGAUCCAACAUGCCUGGAUGGCUGUGAUGGUCUUCGCUCUGGGAUGGAGAUCAUACAAAAAUGUCAAUGCUCGCAUGCUGUACUUUGCUCCUGACCUGGUCUUCAAUGAUCGGAGGAUGCACAUCUCCAAUAUGUAUGAACACUGUAUGCAGAUGAAACACUUGUCGCAGGAGUUUGUUUUGCUGCAGGUCACACAGGAGGAGUUUCUGUGCAUGAAGGCCCUCCUCCUCUUCAGCAUCAUUCCUGUGGAGGGUCUGAAGAGUCAGAAGUACUUUGAUGAGUUGAGAUUGUCAUAUAUAAACGAACUCGAUCGUCUGAUUAAUUACGGCAGGAAGAGUAACUGUGCACAGCGCUUCUACCAACUGACCAGACUGAUGGACUCACUGCAGCCGAUUAUCUGGAAGCUUCACCAGUUCACCUUUGACCUUUUCGUUCAGGCUCAGUCUCUGCCCACGAAGGUCAGCUUCCCAGAGAUGAUCGCUGAAAUAAUUUCAGUCCAGGUACCAAAGAUCCUCGCCGGCCUGGCCAAGCCAAUCCUGUUCCACAAGACUGUGACUCCGCCCCCUCAGGCACUCAGGCUGGCCACACCCGCUCAGCCACACCUGGCCUAAUCUGAUCCGGUUGGAACCAGUUUCUCCAAUUUCCUGCUUUUUUUUUUCUUGUUGUUAAGUUUCAGCAGGGAGACUUAAACAUCCUCAUUUUUACUCUCUCUCUCUCUCUCUCUUUCACUUUCUCUCUCUCUCUCUCUCUCUCUCUCUCUCUCUCUCUCUCUGUCCUUCAGAAAGUGUCUGUAAAAUCUGCAGAGGACCAUUACAUCAUUACACCGGUCUAUCUUCUGCUCAAAGAUAAUUUCAGAUCAUUUUCUCACGCCAGCAGUGUCGUCUCUCUCUCUCUCUCUCUCUCUCUCUUUCUUUUUUCUCCAGCAUUUAUUCCUGAAGAUGCUGAAACGCUACGCUGUGUUACCUGAUGGACAGGUUUAUAAAAAAGAAGAGAAAGAAGAAGGAAAAGAAGAGAAAAGGGUGAAAAAGCCUUUUAGUUUUAUCUGAGCCCUGAAAAAGACAAAGUGUGCACUAGAAGAGAAGCUCUGCUCUGUUUACUUCACAUAUGACUCUAUGCAUUUGGAAGAAAAAAAAUGAAAAUGUUAAUUAAAAAAAGGUCUAAAAUAGAAACUGCCAUACGCUUGUUGCACCUUUUAAAAAACAAACUACAACCUGAAUAAAGCUUGCGCUGCUUUUUUGCCAGUUAAUAACGAACCAAAACAACGACAAUCAAAACGUUCUCAUUAUCUGUGCCUCGACUUUCUUUACUUUUCAGACACGACUAUCAAAGCAACAGGAACAUCUCCGAGUUCCGUACACUUUCACCAUCACAUACUCAAACAUUCUCAGACUAAAGAACUCUGAAACGGACGCAAUGUUCCCUUUUGCACAAAUGUACACCGCCAGGAACAACGUUAAUGUAGCGAAGACAGAACAACCACCAGUUCAGCAUCCUGUUAGCUGCACGCUUACAACAUGGAGAAGGGUUCUUCAGGUGGUGUCUUUCUGUAGAACCACAUACAACAGGGUUUUGCUGUCAGAAAGAGUUCAAAUUAGAACCAUUCAGGAGGCUAGGAACCAUUGGAGAACCCUUUAUUCUUAGAAUGUAGAAAAUUUAGAAUGUUCUUGUGUUUGUCCUGCUGGAGGAUCCCUUCAAGGUUCUGUGUAAAAUUCUUCAGUGUUGAAGAACCCUUUUCUCUUCAGUGGAAAAUUUUGUACCAUUAAGGGUUCUAUGGUUGUCCAUCUAAAGGAACCCAACAGAAUCUCCACUCUCAGAAAAACAAAAGUUCUUUAAGGGUUCUUUGAAUAAUUAAGAGUUCUUAAUGACCAAAAAAUUGAUUCUACUUGGAAGCCUUUCUGAUAAACUUCUACACAACCAUCAAAGGAAGGUUCUCAAUCUUGAAAAAGGUUCUUUCAGAGUUCAUUGGAUAGGUAAGUGUUCCUAGAUUCUGACAGGAAACCACUGUUGUAGGGUUCUCGACAGAAACUGGAAACUUCCCAUGCAAAGGGAAAAUUUAAGGGAACUGAUUUCUAAAAGAGGUCUUCAAGGGUUCUUUUGGAGUUCAUUGGAUAAUCACGGGAUCCUGGUGUUCUAACAGGGUUCUGCUUUCUGAUGUGGAAAUGUUUCGUCACAAGGUUCUACAAAGAAACUUUAAACCUUUCUCCAGGAGAACCUGAAGAAAAGUGUACACUAAAACAGUGAAGGGUUUGUUGAAUAAUUAUGGGUUCUUUGCUUUAAAAAAAGAGAGAAUCUAAAUGGAACCCUUGCUGACAGAGAACCACUGUUGUAGAGUUCUACAGAGAACCUUGACGGGAUCCUGUUCUUGAGGGACAACAAAGAACCGGUCAGGGUUCAGAAUGUUCUAUCAGUGUACAUUUGAGAAAAAAAGGAAACAUCGUGGACAUUUCGCCUUAACUGUUCCUUUAAGGUCAGGACGAGGGGGUGGGGUCAGCUUAAUGGGUGUGGCUUUAAAAUAUCUUAGCCCCGCCCUUUGUUAGGAGUCUGUGAUGAUGAGAGUGAUCUUUUUUCAUAUUUACUGAGGAAGUGUGUGUGAAGAAAAAUGUUGAUUUUUGCCUUUGAAUAGACUCUCUCUCGCUCUCACUCUCUCUCUCUCUCUCACACACACACACACACACACGUAUAGCUUUUUUUAUUUUGACUCGCUGCUGCUUCUGAAAACUAAAAAAAAACGCUAAAAAGAAAUAAAACUCUGUGCAUGGUGACUAACACUUCCCCCGAAUGCUUUUUUUAAUAAACUUCACGAAAGUUGCUUCAUUUUUUUCUCUCUUUAAAAUUUUGUAGCGAGAAACACACACACACACACACACACACACACACACACACACAGCUUUUGCACUUGGAUGUAAAUCUUCCAGCUCACCGCUUCAGCCUUUAGCACAGCGCUGGUGUGAGACACACCCUGGUCAUUUCCUCACAAGCAAUAAGUCACAUGGCUGCGACACACACCUUCACACCUUAGGCACACAGCUGUCUCCUGACCCCCGGCAGUGUUUACACAUUUACACAACACCGCUCGCUAACUCGCAGCAAACACCGCUCACUACGUAAAAACAGAGCCAAGAGGAAGCUAAUAUCACUAGCGAGCUAAUAAGCCAUGCUAGCUCAUGUGUAAACGCCCGUCCUCUCGCGCUGUGUUCACUUUUCCUUCUUCAGUUCUUCUUCUCCUUGCCAAUUUUUAAAUAUCUCUCUCCUCAGUGGCGUGCACAGAUAGACACGAGGUGGUGCUCAAGCACCUGCCCCUCUGCCCUCUGUCCAAAAAAGUGCCCUUUUGAAUUUUUUUUUUUUUACAGUUUACUGAGGCCAAUGUCGACAUGAUCUUUUAGAAAAGCCGCGGCAUUAAAAGCGUGUGUGAAAAUAAUGUCCUGAUGUGUGCCCCCUCCGCACACACACCGGACCUCUGUCUCUCUUGCUCUGUCACGUGAACAAGCGUGCAGUGCAUUCAAUGUGAGGUUGCAGCAGCAUAGCGUCCUGGAAGCCACGGCCUCGUCGUAGCGCAGACAACACAUCGGGCAGUCAGUCAGCUCUUCCCCUGCCCCACCAGCCAGCGAACACAUGAAUCGAGUGAAAAUGUAUUGUUUGCCCUCUAAGCCCAAGCUGUAAUUAUUUUGUCGUGAAGUAGCCCGUCGCAUACAGAAACAACUGCACAUAAGUAGUAUAUUUUUUGCUAGACCAUUUUCAGAUUUAGGAAAACAAAAAUUUCUUUUUCUAUUUUGUUCAACUAGAGAUUCCUGGCAAAGUCAAAAAGCCUUGAUGUAAUAAAUUAAGUGGUUGUUUUACACCUUUAAAAACUAAAACGGGUCAGUGGCGACCCGAACACAAGAGGAGGGCUAAAUCUCAGACUUUUAUAAUAAGGUGUUCCACAUGCGCAAAAAAGUGCCCUUUUUCCCCUCAGAGCACUUGCCCCCCAAAAUGUCUGUGCACGCCACUGUCUCUCCUCCUCCUCCUUUCCUCCCUUUUACUUUCGUCCUUUUCCUCCCAAAUGCACCUCUCCACUUUUCUCCUCCAUCUCCCUGUUCUUGCUCAUUCUCUCUUUCCUCCUUUAGUUCUUCCCCUUUUCGUUCUCUUCCCUCCUUUUUCUUCCUCCUCCUCCACACACCGUCAUCUUCUUUUCUUUUUAUUUUAGACUUGUCUGUCCUCCCUUUCCAUCCUUCCUUCAUUCCCUUUCCUAGUCUUCCUUUCCUCCGACAACUUUGUCCUGUCUUCUUCCUAUUUCCUUCUUUUCUCUUUAGCCUUUCUCCUUUCUGAAUUUCUCUUUAUCUUUCUUCAUUUUUCUCGUUUCACCCUCAAAUUUUUCCAUCUAUUCAUUUAGUUCUUUCUUUCUGUAAUUUUUGCUUCUCUCUCUCUCUCUCUCUCCACUGUAGCCCCAGGUUUGAGUUUUUCAUCUUCAGUUUAGUCCUCGUUGCCGUGAGUUUGUCAGGAGGCAGAUGUCUGUCUCUCUCUCUCUCUCUCUCUCUCUCUCUCUGUCUGUCUGUCUGCUCAUAGCCGAGUCGAAUGCAGAUUUUUCUCAGUGACUGAAUAAUAAUUCCCCACUGCUUUAGGGAGUAGAUUGCAUUUUAAGGAGCUUGUGAGUGUCCUAGCUGUCAUUCUUGCGAGCCUCGCCAGGCUUCAGGCUCCACCGAGGAGGGGUUUUUUUUGCUCCAGUUUCCUUUUUUCUGUCGAGGCGAAUGUGCCGUGAGGAGAAAAUGAGGCUGUCAGGGAUGAAAGAGCACAAAAAUACACUCACACAGGUAUUUACUAAUCUCACACUCAGAGGAAGACAGUACUCCUCUCUAUCUCACACACACACACAUACACACACACACACACACACAUCCUUGUACUUCUAUUUUGUACCCCUUACCCUAACCCCACCCCUAACCCCACCCCUAACCCCACCCCUAAACCUAACCUGAUCCCUAAAACUGAUUCUUUUCCCUCAAACGGCUCUUUGAAGAAGAGAGGACCAGACAAAAUGUCCUCACUUCACAAAAAUGUCCCAAAACUAUAUUCUGGUUCUCAAUAGGGAGCAAGUACUUGUGCGCGCGCACACACACACACACACACACACACACUGUGUCUCUCUCUGUCUCUCGCAGCCAAACCCAAGCAUUAAAUCAUUAAACAAUAAGCGUUUCUUCAUAAUGAAUCACAAGAGCUCAUGUACAGCAAAGGGGAUUUUCCUGUUGAGCAUGAUUAGCCUUUAGCAUUUAGCCUGUUACAAGCACACACACACACACACACACACACACGUUUUGAACGUCUAAUCGUCUUCAGCUCAUUAAAUCAUAAACUUGCUGAUGCUUUGAUGGUGAUUAAUGAUGAUUGCGCACACGCAGGGUGUUUCAUAUUUAAUCACAGCAUGAAGUUCAUUUUGUUCUGCGCUUUUUAUUGAAAUAUAAAUCUAUACACAGUUAAUGUGCUGCUGCUUUGUGGCAUAUCGUUAAACACGUUAGUUCCGUGAUUUAUACAGUAACGCAUCUUUGGAAUGCAGCCUUUUCUGAAACACUUCACCGACGGCUGAUAUAAGAACACUGCUCUUGUAUUUUUAUGAUUCAACUCAAUGCCUUAAAGGUGCAGUUUGUAGUUUUUAAACUUCGUAAGCUUUAAUAAACAUUUUGUUUUUAACACCGUUUGGAAAAAUUACGUAAUAUGCACAUUUAUCGGUGUGUUCAUUGGAUGUCAAUUUCUGAGUUUUGUUGUCUCGUUUGUUUUCUGUUUUUAGGAUUUUUUUGUUGCUACGCCCGGAAAUGAGCUACUUUAACUAUGAGCUCCGCCCACCACAGAACAAAGUCGCACAUUUGAAAAGAGCUCCACCCCAUUUUCCCAGGAAGGUGAUACACAAGGUGUAAACGUUAGCUUGAACGUUAUGGCUGAGAAAGGAGAUCAGAGGGUUUAGAGGAAAAUAUGGAAGAAGACAAAAAAAAGAAAGGAAACAAAAUGAGAGUCGAUUUUCAGUGAAAGAAAUGAAACUUGCACGGGAACCCAAAAAUUUACAGAAAAUUUUAUUUUAAAAAAAUGAUCAACGAGUCUUACGUUCUUCAAAAUAUAAAAUACAACGUUACAUUACAGUGAAUAAAUUCCUGGAGUCGUCACUUUCCGUUCAAAGCCUUCAGAUUGUUACAAAUUUACAUAAAAACUUACUUCAUACAAAAUCAGAUUUGAGGUAAGAUAUGAAUUUUAGACAAAAUCUUAAUUCAUGCAAAAUCAGAAUUUGCUCAAAAGUUGAAUUUUACGCAAAAUCUGAAUGAACGUAAUUUUUGUGGCUCCAGUUCAUAUACGACGUGGCAACAAAUCACACUGAAACUCUUUAUGAUGUUCAUGAAACAAUUUCAACUUUCAGUUUUUCUUUUUCUUAAAUGAGGCGUGUCCCUUUGGAAACAUACUGAGGGGCGGGGCCAUGGGUGUGGAAGGAAAAUGGGGCGGGGACUAACUAGAUGGCUUCGUAGAACUGAGGGGCGGAGCUGAGACUCUAUGUUUUUUUUUAAUUUAUGGCUACAAACUGUUAAAGCUGCGUGUCAAUUUGUAAAGUCUGAACUGAAGGUUCGUGAAUAAAAUUUGAUUUAAAAAAAAAAAGUCCAAGAAGUUCCAGCAAUGGAAUUUUAAAACGAUUGCCGUGUUGAUGUUUUUGAAUCCUUGUGAACAGUUUUAUUACAGCUUUGAGAUUUGUUUUAAAAUUACAAACUGCUCCUUGAAGCUGAAGCUAAUUCUCAAAGUUAAGCUAAAGCAGUUCCACACUGUACUCAUCAGUUUUAAGCUCGCGUCUUUUUGUCUUUUAUGAAGUGCUUAUGCCUGGGAGGUGCUGAUGUAACUAUUGAAGUGCUUAUGUAACGCCUAAGAAGUGCUUAUGUCGUGCCAAUGGAGUGCUGAUGUUGUGAAAAUGUUCUGCUUUCGUACUUUUGCUACUCAAUUCAAAGCCUUAAGAUAAAGUUUGUGUUUUACGUUUGUGGACUGUAAGCGAGCGCACCGGAGUGAGCGAGUCGCAUGCACGCUUCAUUUAACGCAAGCCAAAGCUAAAAUCAGUCAAGAAAUAAAGCAAUAAGUUUAAAAAAAAAUCACAAAAAAAAAUUCACAAAAAAAAAACCCUUUUCGAAUGUGGAUGAGGACACAUUUCAGAUCUUUCCGCUUGAUUAUGAAGUCAAAUAACAGGCUCGUGUAACAUACGCUGAUAAACAAUUCACAUUAACCGACGUUUCAAUCAGUAAUUUGGGAAUAAAGAGUCUUUUUUUAUUCUCUGAAUAGUUUUCGGUGAACUGUUGUCCUUCACGUGACACUAAAAGUUGAAAACGUGCCUCGAUUUAAUCAGUUGAUUUUUGAUUUGUUUUUAAUACUAUUGUGAAAACUGUGGUUUUAAAGAAAUCGAUGUAAAACAGGGAAAAGAAUAUUAAAACAUUAAAAAGCCAUGUAUGUGUGUUUUUUUAUGUAAAUCAGAUGUUAACUGUACACGUAACCCAUCCUGCUACUGGCUGUUUAAAGUAUUCGUACGAGUGUUCCUUGGCUUUAUAAAAAAUAAAAUGAAAUUUUAAAAAAUUGUUGCUGUUUUUUCUUCUGAACAGUUUUUUGUUUGUUUGUUUGUUUGUUUGUUUGUUUGUUGUGUUUUCUGUCUUUGCUUUAAAUAUUCUUAAAGUUUUUGUUACUUAAACCUUUGUAAGUUUAUAACUGUUUUUUACUCAGUAUUUGGCUUUAUUAAACUUCUUAUUCUUCUUCUUAUCAUUAUAAUUCUAUUAAAUUCUGGCCCAGGAUUCGUUUCUGUGAACUGAUGAUCCAUUUAGUCGAGCAGGUUGUAAAACGGACACGAGCCUCACAAAGCGAAAGGGACUUCAUGUGCAGCUUCCUGUAAAUUUGUUCCUUUUAUCUGUUUCUUUGCAUCCUGAAUAAAAUGAUCCUCUUUGUG